AGCAGCGCAGCAGCAACAUGGCUGCAGAUUACUGGGAGCCAGAGAGAGCCGAGACUCUGUCAGACUGAAUCGAGCCAAACACAACCCGGGACAGACCGGGACAGACCCUCCCGGUGUGGUCUCCAGGCUGGCUUCCCCACCCCCUUCAGAGGCACGCCCCCCCCCGGCCCCCCCGACCCCCCCUCAUGGAGAGGAUGAGGAAGAUCAAACGCCAGCUGUCACUCACUCUGGGGAGGGGAGGGGCCGGGGGAGGGGACAGGACGCUGAGUGACACUAUCAACCAGGAAGUGACAUCACACAGUGACUCAGAGGUGGUGUCUCUUCGUUCUUCUGGAGGUUUGAAGGUUCAGUCUCUCCUUCAGUCGUACAGCAGCUCACUGAGGAAACCUCGAGGCCUCGGACGCAGCCUGAGCUCCUACCUGAACCACACGGCUCGACUGGAGAUCGUCCCUGAGGACGUGAAGAUGAGCUCAGAUGGAGAAUCUGAUCCUCCUUCUUCUGAUGACGUUCACAGUCCAGUUAGAGUCAGACUGAGAGCCAAAAAGGUCUCCACUGAGGACAUUAACAAACGUCUCUCCUUACCGGCCGACAUUCGUCUCCCAGAUGGUUACCUGGAGAAGUUUAAUCUGAUUGGUCCAGCUCUGUUCGAGCAGCCAAUCAGCAGGCGGCUGCGCAGAGUGUCUUUGUCAGAAAUUGGUUUUGGGAAACUUGAGACGUACAUCAAACUGGACAAACUGGGAGAGGGGACCUACGCUACAGUGUAUAAAGGUCACAGUAAACUGACUGAUAACCUCGUGGCUCUGAAGGAAAUUCGACUGGAACAUGAAGAAGGAGCUCCGUGUACUGCCAUCAGAGAAGUGUCUCUGUUGAAGGAUCUGAAACACGCCAACAUCGUCACACUUCAUGACAUCAUCCACACACAGAAGUCCCUCACACUCGUGUUUGAAUAUCUGGACAAAGAUCUGAAACAAUAUCUGGACGACUGUGGAAAUGUCAUCAACGUUCACAACGUCAAGCUCUUCCUUUUCCAGUUGUUGCGAGGUUUGUCGUACUGUCAUCGCAGGAAAGUUCUCCACAGAGACCUGAAACCCCAAAACCUGCUGAUCAACGAGCGAGGAGAGCUCAAACUGGCAGACUUUGGUUUGGCUCGCGCAAAGUCGAUCCCGACGAAGACAUACUCUAACGAGGUGGUGACGCUGUGGUACCGACCACCGGACAUCCUGCUGGGCAGCACCGACUAUUCCACUCACAUCGACAUGUGGGGUGUAGGCUGUAUCUUCUAUGAGAUGGCGACAGGUCGUCCUCUGUUUCCAGGGUCAACGGUGGAGGAGGAGCUUCACUUCAUCUUUAAACUCCUCGGUACUCCUACAGAGCAAACCUGGCCCGGGAUCAGUUCUAAUGACGAAUUUAUUGCAUACAACUACCCUCAAUACAGACCUGAGAGACUGAGCCAACACACACCCAGGCUCAGCAGUGAUGGAGUUGAUUUGUUGUCAAAGUUCCUGCAGUUUGAAGGGAAGAAGAGGAUCUCAGCAGCCGAGUCAAUGAAUCAUCGUUAUUUCAGUAACUUUGGCAACAGAGUGACAUCACUUCCUGACACAACGUCCAUCUUCAGUCUGCCAGAGAUUCACCUGGAGAAGGAAACAAUCAGACCAACAGCCACACCUGACCCAGCAAACAGUCCGGCCAAGAGGCGCAGUCUACUUUUCUGACAUCACCAUGGAGGCGGAGUCUGCUCCUCUGACAUCACCAUGGAGGCGGAGUCUGAUCUUCUGACAUUAUUACGGAGGCGGAGUCUACUCUCCUGACAUCACCAUGGAGGCGGAGUCUGAUCUUCUGACAUUAUUACGGAGGCGGAGUCUCCUUUCCUGAAAUCGUAGAGGUGGUCUUCUCUUCUGACAUCAUAAUGUAGGCGGAGUCUACUCUUCUGACAUCAUCAUUGAGGUGGAGUCUACUCUUCUGACAUCAUCACUGAGGUGGAGUCUGCUCUUCUGAAAUCAUCAUGUGGGGAAGAUGGGAAGAUAAAAAAAAGGGGAAUUUUUUUCGAAGGAGUAAAACAGGAACAGAAAGUAAAAGAAGAACAGGAAAACAAAAAAAUGGUGGACAGAUGCAAUAUUGAAUCACAGCAGCCACCUGACCAAUCAGUUAGCAGCAUGUUGUUACUAACGGCAACAGAAAACUUAAAGCUUUCUGAACAGAAUUCGUCUUCCACUUUACACACGCUAUAAAAGCUUUGUUGUCAUGGAAACACCUGAACACAAGUAUCACCUGUGUGAACACCUCUGAAUCAAAACUGUAUUUACAUUCAACAGUUCAGACAGAAGUUUUAUAAUCUCUAGAUAAACUGAGACUGAAGUAACAGAGUACUCUUUUUAACAGUACUACACAGUGCUACAUUUAUACUACAAUACUACAAUAACAGAACAGUACUACAGUUACAUUUCAGUGUUAUUUAUUAUUAUUAUUAUUAUUAUUAUUAUUAUUUAUUCUCAAACAGACUGAAACUAUUUGAUGUUUGUUCAAACAGAAAUUUGCAGAAAAGAAAAUUAUAUUUCUUCUGAAAUUGUGAAACGGUUUUCUGCUGUUCUGCAUGUGUGUGUCGUACACUCAGACUGUGUACUAUAAUACUGCUAAUAUGUGUACUAAUACCGUCGUACACUCAGACUGUACUAUAAUACUGCUAAUAUGUGUACUUAUACUGUAAGAAAUACAGUUAUACAGUGAGAGGGCAGGAAACAGCUGAGAUGUUUAUAAGAAUUCAACAAGUUGUUUUAUAACUGAGACUGUUGGAAACCAGGAGAGGACGCAGUGAUGUCAUCAGCGCCUCAGUGACAUCACAGCCCCUCCCCCCUGAACCACGACAUGUCAGGGGACGGCGAAAGCUCCGAUUGGCUGAUUCAAUUUAAAUAACAAGCCAUCAGCUGUCACUCACUGGCUCCAGGUUUCAGUGGGUGGGGCUUAUCUGCGGCUGGGGGUGGAGCUUUUGUUUUUUGAACAAACUGAUAUUACUGGUGUGAAUUUGUAUUUUUUAGCUGUGAAGAAAUCUUAGCAAUAGAGAACUAUUGAUCAGAAGACAAUAAUGAUUGAUCAGAGUAUGAAUAUUUAAUGUAAAAAUUACACAUGUAUACGUUUAUAUGUGAGAGAUCAGAAAUAUACAGCAACAUGAAAACAUGUUUUAUUUAUUAUUAGUGGAUUAAUGUCAAACUGAACUCAUUGAUUCCAGUUUCGAGAAGCAUUCAGAAAGCAUAAUUAUUCACAAAGAGUUAAAAAGUUUGAGUUAAAAAACUGUCAGAGCAUGAAAAUAUUUGCAGUCCAUAAUUUUGUGUUUAAUAUACUUAAAAAAUGUAUGUUAAUGUGUGAAUUUAAAAUGAAUUCUGUUUGAGAUAGAAAUCAGAAGAACUGAAGUUUCUGUGAAAGAAAUGUGUUGAAGGAAGUGAUGUCACAGGGGGCGGAGUCACAGAUGAUGUAACUGCAGACUGUUGAUGUGGUGAAUAGUUUACAGUUAUUAAUUAUUGUUUUUGAAUGUGUCAGCUGCUGUUUCAGAUCAGACGUCACACAUUCAUCCAGAACAUGAACUGAUCCACUGAUCACAGUUUUGGAUUGAAAUGUGGAUCAUGUUGAAUCCUGUGGACUAACAGAAC